UAAAAAAGAAACGGAGGGGGCAAAAGAGAAAAGAAAAAAAAACGAAGACGACCCAGCAGCAGCAGUGAAACCUGAAAGCGCCCCCUUCUCUGCGUUCUUCUCUUUCUCUGUUUAUAUCUGAAAUCUUACAUUUGAUAGAGUUGUCCAAGAUUUGGGUUUUAUUUAGCAAGAUUUGGAGAAAUGUGGGUUUGAAAAAACCAACAAGAAAAGGCAAAGCAAACCCACUACUACUUACUCCUCCAUUUUUUUUUCUCCAAAUAAAGAAUUUUUUUUGUUCGUAUUUCUUGCGUUGUACAACUACUGCUUCUCCACUCUUUUUCUGGUAUAAAAUAGAAAUAUAGAUUUUUUUUAGAGGAAACCCAAGAAUGAAGGUUAAAGAAUGAAGCAAUCUCCCCUACUGUUGUCUUCUCUUCGUAGAAAAUGGUUAAAAUAAUGCAAUGGGGAUGAGAUCUAUGGCACCGUUCAUCGGAGUUUUUAGUUGAAUGUUUGCUAUAGCCAUUGCUAGGGUUUUGUCUUCCGUUUCGUUACCGCCAUGACUACCAAACGAGCUUACAAGCUGCAGGAAUUUGUGGCACAUUCUUCUAGUGUGAAUUGCCUAAAGAUUGGAAGGAAAUCGUCGAGGGUUCUUGUGACUGGAGGGGAAGAUCACAAGGUUAAUCUUUGGGCUAUUGGUAAACCCAACGCCAUACUGAGUUUGUCAGGACACACAAGUGGAAUAGACUCAGUGAGCUUUGAUUCUUCAGAAGUCUUGGUAGCUGCAGGUGCUGCAAGUGGUACCAUCAAGCUUUGGGAUUUAGAGGAGGCAAAAAUUGUUCGGACUCUGACUGGUCAUAGAUCCAAUUGCAUCUCUGUGGACUUCCACCCCUUUGGUGAGUUUUUUGCAUCUGGCUCUCUUGAUACAAAUCUCAAGAUAUGGGAUAUCAGAAAGAAAGGGUGUAUUCACACUUACAAGGGCCAUACUCGAGGAGUCAAUGCAAUUAGAUUUACACCAGAUGGCCGAUGGGUUGUAUCUGGUGGUGAGGACAACAUUGUGAAGGUGUGGGAUUUGACUGCUGGAAAAUUGUUGCAUGAUUUCAAGUAUCAUGAAGGCCAAAUUCAGUGCCUGGAUUUCCAUCCCCAUGAGUUUUUACUGGCUACAGGUUCAGCUGAUCGGACUGUCAAAUUUUGGGACCUUGAAACCUUUGAGCUCAUUGGUUCAGCUGGGCCUGAGACUACUGGAGUCCGUUGCUUGACCUUCAAUCCUGAUGGUAGGACUGUACUCUGUGGAUUACAUGAAAGUCUGAAGGUUUUCUCAUGGGAACCGAUAAGAUGUCAUGAUGGUGUGGAUGUGGGAUGGUCUAGAUUGUCAGAUCUUAAUGUUCAUGAAGGAAAGCUUCUUGGCUGCUCAUAUAAUCAAAGCUGUGUUGGAGUGUGGGUUGUAGACAUCUCGCGCAUAGAACCAUAUGCAGUUGGUAAUGGUAAUCGUGUGAAUGGUCAUUCUGAACCUAAAUCUAGUUCAGGUGGAAGCCUCUCUGUGCUGAAUGAGAACACGACAAAAGCUAGUAUGGGAAGAUUAUCUGUUUCACAAAAUCCUGAUCCUUUAAUGAAGGAAACAAAAUCCCUUGGACGGUUGUCCGUUUCACAAAACUCAGAUCCUGCUAAGGAGUCCAAAAAUUUGGCAUCCACAGGAAAUGUACCUGGUACCCCUCAGAGGGUCAAUUUAAACAUUGCUUCAAAAACAACUCAGCCGAAUUCAGUAACAGUUCCUAGUGUAGCGGCUCCAAAGAGGAAUUCUACGAGGGCUACUUCAGCUGUUAAUGUUCCAAUUUUUAACAAGUCGGAUGUCAUACCUGUGAUUGUGCCUAGAAAUGAUACAAGGUUGGAGCAGGCUGCUGAAUCAAGAAAAGAAGUUGGAAUAUCCGGGAGAAGUUUGGAGCAGGCUGCUGAAUCUAGAAGGGAAGUUGGAAUAGCUGGGAGAAGUUUGGAGCCGGCUGCUGAAUCUAGAAAAGAAGCUGGAAUAGUUGGGAAAACUUUGGAGCAGGGAGCUGAUUCAAGAAAAGAACUUGGUAUUGUUGGAAGAACAAUGCCAUUUUCUUUGCAGUCAAAGGCAACUAGUUUUCGGAAGUUUCAAAAUAGCAGGGAAGACAUGGACCGGCCAGCUAUCUCUGUUAUGUCUGAAACUACAGGUUCUAAGGCUGCUGAAUUUGGCAGUGUUCCAGACAGGAAUGUCUUUCCUGCUGUUAAAGGCCCAAUUCAGGCAAUGUCUGCUGCUGAAAGGAAUGUGAGGGAGGAUAGGUGUAUUGGCUCCACCAAGACUGAACCAAACUCAGUGGUGGAGUUGCCUUCAAGCUACCAGGACGAAAAUCAUGAUGCACAGGUGCAAAAAACAAAUAGAGAUGCAUAUCCUAUGGAAAGCCAAAAAGGAGGAAGAACACGUUCAGUUGUCAUAAAUUGGGAGAAAAGAGGGAGAUCUUCUAAUUAUGAUGGACCUACAUUGAGUAUCUCUCCGGGGAAUGCGUCUGUGGCAAAUAUGCCUUCCUUCAAUGCGUUUAAACAAAGAGGAUACCCUCCCUCUAUGGAAAAAGAAAUGCCUUCUGCCAGUGAUGAGGAUGCCGUUGCAGAUAUAAUGGAGCAACAUGAUCAAUUCAUUAGUUCCAUGCAGUCUCGAAUAGCUAAGUUACAGGUUGUUCAUCGAUACUGGGAAAGGACUGACAUAAAGGGGGCAAUCAGUGCAAUGGAAAAGAUGGCUGAUUAUGCUGUGGUUGCUGAUGUGAUGACCAUUAUCACUGAGAAAAUGGACAUUGUCACGUUGGACAUUUGCACUUGUCUUCUCCCUCUUCUGUCUGGCCUCCUUGGAAGUGACAUGGAUAGGCAUUUGAGCAUCUCUCUUGACAUGCUGCUUAAGCUGAUCAGAGUAUUUGGUUCAAUGAUAUAUUCUACAUUAUCAGCUUCAACACCUGUUGGUGUAGACAUUGAGGCAGAGCAAAGGUUUGAGCGUUGCAACCUCUGCUUUAUAGAACUUGAAAAAGUAAAACGCUGUCUCCCCACUCUUACCAGAAGAGGGGGAUCAGUUGCAAAAUCUGCCCAGGAAUUGAAUCUAGCAAUUCAAGAAGUGUCAUGACUGAAAUCAAGGCAUUGAAUGCAUGCACCAACUUAAUUCUGUGCUUUUGUGGAUUAAAUUCUUAUGUUGCCCUGGGGAGCAAGUUCGGGCACUUACACGCCUGUCAAAGCAUCAACCGCUACUUUGAUGCAUAUUGUCUUUGUCCAGUCUUGUCGCACUUUGUACAUUUUAUACCAAGUGGAGGCAUUUAACUGCUAGCUGAUUCUACUACAUUGACUGAAAGUGAAGGCUAAUUGGGUUGUUACUCUGCUGCUGGUUGCUGCACAGUUUUUUCAACUUCAGUUUCCACCUGCUCGGAGAAGAGUAUACCAACCUCAUGUUACACUCUAACCCAAUAUGUGCACAUCAAUUUGUACCUUAUGGCUUUAAAAAAUUAACAAUUUUUUUU